GUUGCUAUAACUGUUCUUCCUGACAGAAUGUGCACCCCAAAUGAUUUAGCAGUCCUCCAUGCCAUAUUCAACCCCAAUGUGCCAUUUGGAAACUUUGAUGAGCAGAAUGUGGGUGACACUGAAGCGAAUGCAGAUUUGGAUGGGAGAUUCUCCUCUGCUAUCUUGCAGCAGGCCCAGGACCUAGAGAGAGAUGGGGUAAAAGCAGCAGAGUCUGAAGAUAUGGCAACAGCUAUACUGAAAUUCAGCGAGGCCAUUGCUCUCCUCCCUGAGCGGGCAUCUGCAUACAACAACAGAGCUCAGGCUCUGAGGCUACAAGGGGAUGUGAAAGGUGCACUUGAGGACCUUAACCAGGCAGUGGAACUGAGUGGAAUUGCAGGGGUUGCAGGACGCCAGGCCUUGGUACAGCGAGGGCUGAUUCUACGCUUACAGGGAAAGGAUGAUGAAGCAAGGAAAGACUUUCAGAGAGCUGCUCAGCUGGGCAGUGAUUUUGCCAAACAGCAGCUUAUUCUGCUAAAUCCAUAUGCUGCACUCUGUAACACUAUGCUGAGAGACAUGAUGCAAAAACUGAGAGAACCAAAUGGGCACAAAAUUCAAGUAGGAGCAUCCACUAGCUUGGAGGAUGACAGGGAAGCAUGAGGCAACACUUAAAUGUGGAUGAGGGUGAUCCAAACAAGGGAAAAAUACCAAUAUAGCUAUAUUAAGGUGGGGGAAAUUCCAGGUACCAAGAGAAGUCUGUACAAUGGGCUGCGUAUGGUAAACUCAAGAUAUGCAAUUAUUCAAUAGAAAUGUAUUAAAGGAGAGUUUUAGAUCACUGUUUCUUAAACCAUUCCUUUUGAAGGAAAUGUACUCAAGUACUCCCACCCCCCAUAAUCAUGUUUAAAAAAAAAUGGCAAGUUUUAAGUGGCAAGGUUUUUUUUAAAAAAAAAAAUAUGAUUCUGUAAAAAAUCUGUAAUUUUAGCAAAAAAAGUCAGUGCUGUUGGAACAAAUGCUCAAAGCAUAAAAAAAACAUGUUCCUUAAAAGUGCUUAGUAUUUUGUUCCCUGUGCCAGACAUCCCCUGCACCACCUUGGGUGAACCUAUGUGAAGAACAGAUUUUCUUUGCUGUUUUCUGUACUGUAUCCAUCUUUAAUAGAUACAGGAAAUGCAACAUGAAAACAAAAUGAUGGUUGGCAGUAAAGACAGCCUACCAUACAUGUAAUAAAACUGAAGUCUGGCAAAGACAAAGUAAUGGAGAAGCUGGCAACCCUGCCCCCUAAAGACUCUGCCCACCCUAGAUCCUGCUACAUAUUUGAGUUGCAAUGUCAGAGCCAAAGUCAACAGCCUAGCUGAUUAUGUACCAAGGAAUAUUUGUUAACAUUUACUGAUAUUUAGGCACCAGAUUAUAUAAAUUGUAAAAUUAUGACGACAAUAUAAUAACAGGCACAAAUGAAUUGGCAAUAUGAAGUAAAAUAACUAUUGUCAUUGCAUUAUAACCUCUGGAUAUAGAAGGAAUGUGCCUUUAAAGUUGCUUUUUGGACUGCUUUAAUGGAAAUUUCUCAAAAUCCUUGUGAGCACUACCCAGCCAUUUCAGUGGUUCUGAGCACUAUGUAAUAGUAUGAGAGCCAAUCAACCAGACCUGACAGAGCGUAGCCUCCCAUUGCAGUUGGUUGACAGUUAAGUCAAAUACAUUGGCGUUUGCUACCUUUACCUAGAACAAUGUAUUAGAGCUGUUUCAAAAUAACUGAAUCCAACAAAAAGCUGCAUGUGCAGAUAGACAGGAUGCUUAAAUUAAUUUGAUUAUUUUAGAAACACAACAACAUUUUUAAAUAUUUACAAAGCUUCUUAUUUUCAUGAAAUUCUAUUACAUUUUCAUUUGUGCUAUAGCACAUAAAUUCAGGGCAAGAAAUCUAGCAACCAACCAGAUGGAACAUACAAUUACUUUUCUGAGACAGGCAGAGGGCUGCUGGAAACUGCCACAAGCUGGUGCUUUAUACUGGGUCUGUUUGGGAGACUGUUUACUUGACAUGUGAACGAAUUUGUUCAGUCCAGUUUCUGUCCAGUGUAAGGGUGUAGCCAGAAGGUUGGACUAGCUGGCCAGAUAAACUCCCAGUGGGCUCAUGUGAAAAUUCAAAUAAAAGCCAAUAUUACAUCAA